GCAAAUCCGAUGAAUAGCAAUAAAUCUGAUUUGAGUAUGUAUACUAGAAGGGGAAUUCUUGCGGCGGAUCAACCGCUUGUAGUACCUAUGCUUCUAAGGUUAAGCAACUUGAAACUACGGGGUAUCAUCGUUUUGGUAGUUAGCAAGCAAAAAGGGAUCACAUUAGUUUUCAAAAAUGAUCCUUUGGAAAAGGUCGAUGUUACUUCAACUUUUGACAGCAUUUCAAGCAUACAAAGGUUUUUGCAGUCAGAAAUCGAAAAAAGAUUGAGAACAAUGUUUCAGGAAGAUUUACCAUCUAUCGUUCAUCAAUUAUCAUUGCAAAAAUGGCUCAGUAGUACUAAGAAAAAAGAAGAAUUCCCAAAGGGAACAUCAGAAAAAAUGCCUAUUACGGAUCACCGGCCAUUAAAUAUCCUUCCAGAGAAUACGCCUUAUGAUACUAUGUCUAUGCCAGAUCUUCGAUAUGGCACGCCAUUAUCAACAUCGAGUUCGGAACUAUCAAGCAUUUCGCCAGAAUCAUCAUUUUAUGCGGAAGAAGGAUCUAGCAUAGGAGAAGUUGAUUCUUUGGACGGAUGCUCAUCAUAUUCUAGUUUUGGAGAUUUAUUUGAACGCAAGAAAGAAGAAGGUUUGAAAGCAAUAUCCCAGCCUAACAACGAACAUCAUUCAGAUGGUAACCGGCCACGGAUAUUUCAUCGCCAACGCUUACUAGUAUCACCACAUCACAGAAGGGGUUCGCUACCUACUUGGUUACCAUCUGCAAUACAAGAACAACGAGAAUCUCAGCCCAAAAAACCACUAAGAC